GGGUACGUAGCGAUGUGUACUUCCUCUCUACCCCACCUCUUUCUUCAUUUACAAUAAACCUUUUGCACUCUUUGCUCUCAUAGUCUUGCCAUGUUCAUCUAAGUUCAUUUCUGCAAUACCGGAACUCUACCAAACUAAGUUUUUCUUCUUGUGAUGCCAAUUGUAUACACCCAAAAACCUAUUUAAACCCCUAACUCUCUCAAACAAAAUCAUGAAAUCACAAUUCCAGAAGAAAACCACCAAGAACACAGAGUCAGUAUGCAGUAAACCUUCUUGUUUCUUCUGCACCAUGAAUGAGCCAGACCCCUCUCUCAGAAAAGCUAGAAUCAUCAAAGCCUUCCAAGAUUUGCCUCUCAGGAAUGACCAAGAACAUGUCCUUGCACUAAGCAGCCUCUGGAACAUAGCCAUGAUGCAGCCUAAUGACCCUGAAUUCCCAUCUCUUGGAAUCUUUGAAUGCAUGGCAAAGCUUAUUCACAAAGGCAUCAAUGACAAAAAGUGGCUGCUAAGCGACCAGAACAUCUAUAUCCCCUACUAUGCUGCCCAUACUAUUGGCUCUUACACCAUGAACAAGGUUCGAUUUGCAGAGAAGGCUGUAGAAUCAGGGGUGGUUUUUCCAUUAAUUGAGCUGAUGAGAGGUAAGAUCACCUGGGUGGAGCAACGAGUGGCGGUUCGGGCUCUUGCUCAUAUAGCAAGCCAUGAAAAGAUCUUUGAAGAAGCCAUUGGUGUAAAUGAAGUGGAGAUUGUAGAAUUAGCCAUGAAGAUAGCCAUGACCUGCCCCAAAGAGGUGUUUGAUAAGUUUGUUGGCUUGGAACCUUCAAAAAGAUUGAAGUACCAUUGCGAUUUGGUUACAAGAGGGCUUGGAGGGUUGGAAAUUGAGGACAGAAAGGCAGAGGAAUGGGCUAGCCAACUUCAGUGCUGGUCCCUCAAUCUUCUCAACCGCUUUGCAUGCAAAGAAAAGUCUCUGAAUUUGAUCUGCAAGAGAGAAUUCUUGAUUGAUUUGUGCGGAAUGUGGGGUGGUUUAGCAAACCCAACUUCACCUGCUGUGAUUAGGCUGUUGAGAUCACUUUGUCAAACCAAAAUUGGAAGACAAAGUGUAGCAAAUUUACAAGAAGUCAUAAAGGCACUCUGCAACCUCUCAAGGUCCUCAGAUGAUUGGCAGCUGAUGGCCAUUGAUUGUCUUCUGCUACUCCUCAAAGACCCGGAAACCAGACAUAAAGCCAUGGAGACUUCAGUUGUGUUUCUUGUUGAUCUGGUUGAGCUUAGAAGUAUUGGAGGAAGACCAAAAGUUGGAGACACAAUCACACAGGCUCUAUUACAAGAUUACCAUAAAAUCAAGUAUGGGGACUUGAAAUUCCAGAGGAAGAAAGUUGAGAGAGCUUUGAAGGAGACAUGGGAUUUGAAGGUUGACAGAAAAAGGAGGGAGAAGUUGAUGUCUGAACAAGAAAUCGGAGAGAGAAAAUCAAUGGUGAGACAGCUGAAACAAGAAGGAAAUCUAAACUUCUGGUCUGGGAACAUAGAAAAGGCUGUGAUGGAGUACACAGAAGCCUUGCAUAUGUGCCCAUUAAAGAUGAGAAAAGACAGGCUUGUGCUCCAUAGCAACAGAGCUCAGUGUUACUUGCUGCUGAGGAACCCAGAGGCCGUCAUCAGUGACACAACCAUAGCUCUGUGCUUAUCCAGUGCAGUGAGCCCUCAUGGUAAGAGCCUGUGGAGAAGAUCACAGGCUUAUGACAUGAAAGGGUUGGCAAAAGAGAGCUUGAUUGACUGCGUAACAUUUGUUCAUGGCCGUAUGAAGUCCGGCCAAACCGAAAGGGCAGAAAUCCCAAGCUACGCGGCACGUAUGAUUAACAAGCAAAUGAAUAAAACUUGGUUAUUUGCUCCCGCCAAGUCCAGGAGUUUUAACAACCAUGAAGAGUUAUUAGAAUCUCAUGGCCUCAGCAGGCCUACCGUUGUAGAUGAAACGAUUGCUGAAAAAAGAUGGAGAAAGCUAUAAAGGGAAAGAAGAAGAGAAAAGGGUGUAAAUGUCACAGAAAGGAUGGGAAGCUUGAAAAUUGGGUAAGGGAAGAGAGGCCUUAUCAAAUUUCUAUGUACACCAAAAUUAGGAGGUGUAAGAAGACAAGAUAUCAAGAAACCCAGCUCUAUGUGACUUUAAACUCUGGCUUCUCCAUAUUCAUGAGAACACCUGGUGUCCUGUCCAUGGGUACCAUCCAACCGUGGAAAAAAACAGACAUUCUCUAACUGCUCCUGGACACAGUGGCAGUAGUGGGUACCAUGCAUUUUGACCAUGAUGCCCUUGAUUUUUGGGCAUGAGCUCAAAUUUAGGAGGGGGAAAAACCUUUUUGGGGAUUGUUGCUUUGACAAAUUUUGUUUGUGCUUGUUCAAAUACUGUCAAAAUCUGAAUUAUAAAAAGCUCUCAAAUAACAGCAUUUCAUAGGUAUUAUUUACUAUUAAAUUAUAUGACUUUUUCCUUUCUUUCUUUUUUUUUUUUGCUUUUUUUUUUAAUGACAUGGAUUGCAUUAUCUCAUUUACUUUUACAUUCUAUGAUACUAGAUUCAGAUUUUCCAUUAAUUGAUGGGAUACUGUCACAUGAACUCUUGGACAUAUUCUGUUUUGACAAAAACAAAAAAGUCGACAUCAACGUCUCUUUUCUUUUCCUCCAACUUUUCAGAUUAGAUUAAAAACUACUUUCUUACACUUCACCAAAUGAUUAAUCAUUAUAAAACCUUCUAGUAACAGAAAGUCCUUCCUAACCCGUAUCAGAUUUGAUCUAUAUGGGAUCU